GCUUCUUCAAUCGAUCGACAGAAAAAAAUUUCUGCGCCCCUUCUUCCAUCAUCGAAAAAAAAGAGGGGUGGGGGAGCAAAUCGCCGGAAAGGGAACAGAGCAGACGGAGGAGAAAAGGUCGCUGCCACUACCCAGCCCACCAUAUUGUUCUGCCGCACAUACUCCUAUCAGAAAUGACUGAUCCCAGUAGACUUGAAUUUGACAUCUUGGACUCAGAAGGACUUGAGUACCACCGUUGGGUUUCUGAUGUAGAAAUGGCUUUCGUGGCUAAAGACUUCUCUGCCACACUUAAAGACCCCAGUGAAUUGAAAGAUGCACCAUAUGAAAAAGUGAAAGCAAAAGCUUUAAUGUUCCUAAGGCGACACAUUGACCCAAGUUUACGUUGGGAAUAUCUUCAGUUGAAAACCGCCAAAGAACUGUGGGAUGCCGUUAAGGGACGUUUUGGGAACAUUCAUGAUACUCUCCUCCCAGAACUGAAUGCGCAAUGUAAUGAAAACCGUUUGCUAGACUAUAAACGGACAAAUGACUUUGUCAAAGAUAUGUUGCGUCUUAAGGCACGUCUCAUCUUUGGUGGUAAUCCAAUCACCGAAGAUGACAUGAUUCAAAAGACUCUUGACACAUUUCCUACCUCAUCCAUGAUACUAGCGAACCAGUACAGGAUGGAGUAUGAAAACAAAAGAAUUACCACAUUCUACAAGUUGAUGAAUAUGCUGCAAUCAGCAGAAAAGCAUAAUGAAGUCCUUGUGAAUAACAAUGCUUGGCUUGUCGGGACAAAGAAAAUUCCUGAAGCCAAUUAUGGAAAAAUAAAACAUGGAAGGCAUCCCAAUGAAAAGGGACCUAGACGUGCUAAUCCUUACCCACGUGGAAAUAACUCUAAUCGUGGGAAGGGUCGUGGUGGUCGUGGUAGAGGUCGUGGAGUAUCUUCCAAUGUUUGGCGAAGAGAGUAAAAUGAUGGACUGAGUGGCCACACAAACAAGAAGUCAAAUGCAUCCAAGACUCCUCUGAUAAAGAAUGAGCCAUGUUACCGAUGUGGAGUUAGCGGACACUGGUACAAGCAUUGUCGCGCUAGUAACAAAGUUGCAGCCUGCUACAAGAAAUAUCUCCAAUCUAGAGAGCAUGAAUCUCAAUAUUUGGACGAAGAAGGCAAUGACGUUG